AUGUCCCGCUACGAUCCGGAUCGUUCUUCCAUCACUGCUUCUUCUGCGACUUCAAAGAGCGAUAUGGCACAGUCAAACGAUGGGCUGCCAAGGAUGAAUCGCCUUACGGUUGGUGAUGUUAGUCCUGCUGAGGACGAUGACGAUUAUAGCGAUACGACGUCCAAUUACUCGACUAUUUCCGAAGACACGCUUCCCCUGAUUCGCGAAUACGGACAUACCUACCACGGCUCUGGCCAGCUUCUCACGCCGAAUGAUGCUUCUGAGGCGCAUCGCUUGACGGUCCAGCACGAUCUCUACCAAUUGUGUCUCGACGGUAACCUUGCUGAUUCGAAACUCCCGUUUGAUCAGUUUACUGCCGAGGACCCGAUGGAGAUACUGGAUGUUGGUGCUGGUACGGGAAUAUGGGCUUGCGACAUGGCGAAGCGGUAUCCGCAGACCAACAUACUCGGUAUCGACUUGAGCAGCGCAUUGCUACCCGAAGAUGUCCCUCCGAACGUCACCUUUGAAAUCGCCGACGCUACAGAGACUUGGCCGAACCGUACAUACGAUUUUAUACACAUGCGCAGUCUAGCUGGCGGCGGUGUUCGCGAUUGGAACGCUCUACUGGCCGAAGCCUACGAGCACCUCAACCCCGGCGGGCAGAUCGAAAUAGCAGAGAUCCGACCGCAUUUCUUCGACGCGGACCCCGAGCACGUCGAUUCCGAAUCAGGAGAAAAAGGCGAAGUCGGCGCAGCCUGCAGAGAGUACGAGAAGAUAUUCGAGGAGAUGUGUGCCAAGCUCGGCAUGGACUGCGACCCCAUACCCAGAGUCCCUGAAAUCUUAAACACCCUGGGAGCCGAUCUCGUCCGCGUCCGGGUAGAUUGGCUACCGAUACAGAAUUGGGGAAGUGACCCGGUCACCCAGCGGAAACGCAAAGCCCUGGCGGAAAUGGUCGAGUGCGAGAAUUGGACGUUGAGAUUAUUUGGACUAGGCGGGUGGGAGGAGAAAACGACGCGGGCUUUGCUUGAUCGUGUUAGAGCAGAGAUCAAUGAUCCCAUGCUGCGUAGUUUGGGGAAAGUGACGUUUGUCACGGCUCGAAAGGAAGUCAGCGGCAAGUAG